AUGUCUCGUCCCUACGACGACGACGACGACGAUCGCCCGCGCUCCCGGGAUCACCACCGUAGGCAGCGCUCCCCCGAUUAUUACUAUGCCGGAGGGGCGCCUCCUCCGCCGUAUGCCUCGGGAGCCAUGCCGGCACCUCCUCCUGGCGUUUCGCGAGCGCGCCUGCAGUACGAGCCUCAGAGCCCGUUCUACAAUCCCGGCGCCUCGAAUCCCGACCUGGACCGCUACGGCGGCCUGCAGGUGCCCUCUUCCCGUCACAGGCCCCGCUCUGUCCCGCCGCCCAUGUCCGGCGCUCUGACCACGCGAAGCCGCCGCGGCUCCCGCUCCCCGUCUCCCUCGAGGGACCACGACCACCCCCACAGCCCCCUGGACAAGGCCCGCCACGCUCUCAACCACACCUUCACCCCCUCCACUUCCGGGCUCGGUGUCGGUGUCCUGGGUGCCAUUGUCGGCGGCCUCGCAGCCCGAGAAGUCAGCGAAGCCACGGCACGCAACAAGGAGAAGUCAGCCCCCCAGCACGGUAGCGGAGCCAAGGACGAAGACCGCGACCGUGCUCGGCUGGUCUCCACCCUCAUCGGCGCCGCCGUGGGAGGCCUUGGGGCCAACGCUCUCGAAAAGCGGCUCGAGAAGGGACGCAAGGAGGACAGGGAGGAACAGGAGGCCUGGGAACGCAAGUGGGGACGUCGCGGGCGAGACGAUCGUGAUGACUACGAAGACGACCGCAGCCGCAAGGAUCUCGGCAGAGGAGGCCGCAAGCCACGCUACGAUGAUCGCUAUGGUGAUGACGACGACGACGGCUAUGACCAUGUCUACCGCGAGACGCAGCCCAGGCACAGACGAAGUGAUGACGGCUUACGUGGGCGAUACUGA